AUGGAGCGGUGGAUAGGAAGGGACCUUCACAAGAAGAAAAUCAGAGUUAAGCAGAAUGCUUUCGUCACCCGCGAGGAAACAAAGAAGCUCCUGGACUUGCUGGAUCUCGGAAGCACUGAAAGUGUUGUCGACGGACCAUGCGUCUCGGAGCAUCAUGGAGCGGAUGCGAGAAAGCAUUCAAAGCCUAGGGCGAGCCUUUACAGAUUACAUGUCAAGGCUUACAGAUACACAUCUGUCGCUGGGUGUAGAUGUCAGGACCAGACCGUUGAAGUAACUGAGAUCCCUGUCGGAAAGCUUGUCGGGGGCUUCAAGUCGAACUGGAAGCGAGUGAUGAAAUUGGUUCUUGACGGUAGCGAGACGGAGCUGAGCGACAACGGAAUGAGACAGAGCAUGGGAAUCCGGGAGGUGGCGAGGUGA